GUGAGGGACCGCGCACUGCAAUCUACCACUAUAAGACCCCGCUGGGGGGCUGCAGUUGAGUGGGCCCCCAUGGCUGCAGCUGAGCUGACCCCAGUGGAGACGGCCAUCGAGACCAUCGUCACCGUGUUCGUCUCCCACACGAGGAAGGAGGGUCGAAUGGGGACAAUGACAGCCACCGCGUUCCAGGAGCUGCUACGGCUGCAGCUGCCCAACGUGAUGAAGGUGAAGGAUGUCCCCUCCCUGGAGGAGCAGAUGCGGACGCUGGAUGUGAGCACGGACCAGGAGCUGACGUUUGAAGAGUUCUGGAGGCUGAUGGGCGAGUUGGUCCGGGCCCUGUGGAGGGAGAGGGAGGAGAGGAAGAAGUGAUGGGGAUGGGGGGACGCUCAUGAAGCAAAAUAAAGAAGUUUUCAUGGGCCUGGACAUCUCUGCUAUUCUUUGUGGAGCCUCCUGACGCAAGCAGCUCUGCCACAGAAUCACAGAACCAACUAAGGUUGGAAAAGACUUCCAAGAUCAUCAGAUCCAACUGCCAUGCCCAGCAGCCGUGUCCCUCAGUGCCACAUCCAUACAUUUCUUGACCAGAUCCUGCCGUCUCCAAACUGCCUUUGUGCUGAUUUGGAUUGCAGGGUCCCACCUGCACCCCACGUACACAACAACGGGGUCCCACAGAGCAGCAGGUUGCACCCACGGCACUGCAGGCCUCAGCAGUGAUGCUGUGGGCAUGCAGCCACCUCCAAGCCACCUAGGUGGGGUUAUCUGGGGAUGCGACCCAGUGCAUGGUGCAUGGUAGCUGGUGCAUGGUACCCAAUGCU